AUGGCAGUGCUAAGGAUAUACAUUUUGCUCGUCUUCUAUUUACAACUAAGUCAGGCGAUCAAAGUGGAGAGUGUGAGCAAGGAAGGCGUUUCCAGUAGCACUCCAAGUCCUUCUGCUUAUAGAGUAUCCAAGCCCGAGCCCAAGAAACCGGAAAACAGGGUACCACCGCAUUUGCAGGACAUACGUCCUGGUUACGUCGACGAUGAUGCGGGGGAUGUGAUCAGGAUUAUUGAGCCUCCUCAGCACUUUCAGCAGCUGAAACGUCUGCGUCAACGGCAACCUUCCAAUCCACCUGUUGUCUGGGAGCAGCCGCGGAAAUUGGCCACCAAUAGGGUGAAAAUCUUGCCCCAAGGAGAUCUGCUCACUCAGGAAACCCAGAUUCAAAAUGGUCCUAAUCAGCUACAAAUACCAAUGGAAAUCUUGGCUUCUGUGCGGAAAACAGAGCGUUUGCUGCAGCGGCAAAGACAAAAGUCAAAGUUUCCGCUGGUUAGACAACGACAUAUACAGCGACAGAGUCACAAGUUAAUAGCCCAAAAGACCCUGGAGCAGCAGCUCUACCAACGUGGCCAGCAGCAAAGGCUAAGAGCGGUGUUAAGUCGCAAUCAGGAGCUCAAGAGAAGCAAACGAAACAAAAGGGAGGUGCCUGGAAAACCGAAGCAGGCUUAUGAUGUACAAAAGGGUCUGAAGCUGGUGGCGCACAUUGGGGAUCUACUCAAAAAUGCCACACAAUUUCUACCCGACGAGGGCGACACCAACGAGGUGAAGAGGUCACCAAAUUGCAGCAAUGCAGCCAUCUGCGACAAUCGGCGACGUCGCCAAAGACUAUUCAAACAACAAGCCAAGUCAGCAGAGCGGGAAAAACUUAAGGAGAGGCGGCGCAACUUCCGGAAUAAAGAGGCAACAACCACAGCAGCACCAGCACCAACAACCAAGGCGACAACAACAACCACUGGCAAAUCGGUGUUUUCAAGUGCCAAUUCACUGGCGGAAACUUCCGCAACUCCGCUGGCCAGUCGCCUGGUGAAUUCACGCAAAUCCAAAUCGCAAACACCAAAUUACAACCGCAAUAGCAACUGGGGCCGCAGCGAUGACUCCAUACUCUAUGCGGACGUAAUGACAAAUAUACGCCAAUUGUGGCAGGAGCACGAUCAGUUGGCGGGACCCAAGUUCAUUGCACCUGGCAAGGUGGCCAACAAUACGGACUAUCGCGCCUUGGACGUUUAUCUCAAGCAGCUGGAUGAUUUGGCCAAAAAGCUGCCCACUGCCGCACCCAUUGGUGGUUUAAAUCGGGAGGAACUGCAGCGAGUCACGCCCACGCCCAGUUGGUACUUGAUAAACGCAGAGGGAGGCAUCUUUGAGACCCGGCUGGAUAGUCAAACUAAGCCCUCGUCAUCACUAUUUCAUCGCUUUCCCGACAUGCCCAAUCAAAAUCAGAGUGUAUCCACAUUGGACUUGGAGUAG